ACAGAGACGAUAAAGAGAAGCCCCUCAGCAGAAAUCUCACCAGUACCCCCCAGGCAUUCAAGAUGAAAGGAGCAGCUAUUCUCACCAUCCUGGUUUUGCUUCUGUGUGCCAUGACUGCACAGGGGAUUCCAAUCCCAGGAAUCCAGGGACGCUGUAAGUGUAUCGUGACUACCACCAAGCGUUUUGACCCAAAUUUUAUUCGCAAUGUAAAGUACAUUCCCAGAGGACCUCAUUGCGUGACAACAGAAAUAAUUAUCACCAUGAAAAAUGGGAUGAAAGUUUGCAUGAAUCCUAACACCAAAUGGGUGAAGACUUUCAUCAAAGCCAUAAAAGCUACCAGACUGCAGAAGUGAGGUAAAAGACCCUGACGGAAUGAAACUCAUUUCCACAAACAUAUCGCCUGAACAAUAAUGAAUAUAGCAACGAAUAAGCUUUGGGCAGUGUGCUAUGUUACUCAUGUUAAU